AUGCUCUACGCAACUAAUAGUUUGUAUUACAGAUAAUUCCUCACCACAACUGGAAAGAAAUCAAAAGCACAAUAUCAACCAUAGCAAUAAUAAACAAUUGCAAAGGGAUAAAACGCUGAACAUCCAGCUGCUUAAAGCGCAUGA